CCCCGCGGUGCCCCCCGCGCGCGCUGCCCGGUUCCGCGGACGGGCUCGGCGGCCUCUCGGCCCGCACAGUCCGCGCCGGGGCCCCUCGCGCUGUCCUGCGACCUCCGGGUCGCGCUCGGGCGCGGGGGAGCGCGAGGACCACAAGGAACCACGUCGAGAGACCACACUGGCCGUGCCUGUCUCUGAGGCUCCUACCUGCCCCUGAUUUUCUUCUAAAAUGAGUAGGGACCGGCGGUGCCUGUCGUAAGCUGCAGAGAGUCACUUUCGCCAGAGCCCGGCUGCCAAGCGUGAGAAGAUGAAGAGCAAUCCAGCCAUCCAAGCGGCCAUCGACCUUACUGCGGGCGCCGCAGGGGGCGCGGCCUGCGUCCUGACCGGGCAGCCCUUCGAUACGAUGAAGGUGAAGAUGCAGACGUUCCCCGACCUGUACCGCGGCCUCACCGACUGCUGCCUGAAGACCUACUCCCAGACGGGCGUCCGCGGCUUCUACAAGGGGACCAGCCCGGCGCUCAUCGCCAACAUCGCCGAGAACUCCGUCCUCUUCAUGUGCUACGGCUUCUGCCAGCAGGUGGUGCGCAAAGUCAUCGGGCUGGACCCGCAGGCCAAGCUGAGUGAUCUGCAGAACGCAGCUGCUGGCUCCUUCGCCUCAGCGUUUGCUUCUCUGGUGCUCUGCCCCACCGAGCUGGUGAAGUGCCGGCUGCAGACCAUGUUUGAGAUGGAGUCGUCCGGGAAGGUGACCGCGGGCCAGAACACCGUCUGGUCUGUGGUGAAGGGCAUCCUGGGGAAGGACGGCCCCCUAGGCUUCUACCACGGGCUCUCCAGCACGCUUCUCCGAGAGGUCCCAGGCUACUUCUUCUUCUUCGGUGGCUAUGAGCUGAGCCGUUCUUUCUUUGCAGGCGGAAGACCGAAGGAUGAGCUGGGGCCUGUUCCCUUGAUGCUGAGUGGCGGGUUCGGUGGGAUCUGCCUCUGGCUUGCCGUGUACCCUGUGGAUUGUAUCAAGUCCAGAAUCCAAGUUCUCUCCAUGUCCGGGAAGCAGGCGGGCUUCGUCGGGACCUUCAUAAGUGUGAUGAGGAAUGAAGGAAUAACCGCCUUAUAUUCUGGACUGAAGCCCACCAUGAUCCGCGCAUUCCCUGCCAACGGCGCCCUGUUUUUGGCCUAUGAAUACAGCCGGAAGCUGAUGAUGAACCAGUUUGAAGCAUCCUGAAGCGUUCCAGGCGGUCCGUGAUCCAAGCACAGACAUUUGAUCUCAGGGUUUCAUGAAGUGCAAGACCAAUGUGGAGUGACUUUGAUUUUAGAGGGAAUUAUUUUUUUUUGUCUUUCUUCCCCUUAAUCGUAGACUUUAUAAAAGGACUGCUAAUACAAAUAUAUAAAAUUUGUGCCCACAAUUGUGCUGCAGUAGAAAAGUUGGCUGCUUGUGGCCUUGCUGGGAUAUACAGGCUAACCACUGGCCCUCGGAACCUAAUCUGAGUUAUAGCUGUGUCAGGUGUUGGCCUAAACUUGUGCCUGUACAUGCAGUUUGAAUGGCUCUGGGUUGUGGGGGAAGCCCCGUUGGUUCCACACUUAAUCCCACACCUCAUGAGGUAACAUCCCAGAGAUUACCAUGUCUCAUGAAGACGGUUGCAAAGGAUUGCCUAACCCAUUCCGGGUCUCGUGUUUCUUUUUAAAAUCUGAACAUGCGUGUGAUACUAAAUGGUGUUUUUUUUAGAGUUUCCUUGUGGUACUUUAAGUCUGAAACAUCUGCCUGGAUUUAAAGAGGAGGAGUCAGCUGUGUACUGAUGUGUGUCCCGUGUUCUCCAUCUCAGUCUUGGAGCAGGGGUCCUGGAACUCUCCACGACGCUCUGCUGUUCAAACAGCACCCUGCUUUUUCUGGCGGGAUUGGAUUCCACCAGAUCAGAGCAUCACACUUUUUGGACAAGAGUGUGGCCUUCACUGCCAGCUCCCCCUUCCCUCUCCCCAGCACUUCCCCAGUUCUGGGGUUCAGGUUGACGGAGUGGGAGGAGGGAGGUGGCAGGGGAGGGGGCUGAAGACCCUCACAGCUGAUAGCCCUUACCUUGUUUCUGGGGCUCGGGACCCCGUGGGGCUCCUCUGGGCUGGGCUCAUUGCCGCCACCAACUUGUGACCCUUCUGGGGCGUGGCAUGCCAAAGCCAGGAGGAGCCCCUGCUUCCUGUCUGGGGGACCGAGGGGCAGUGCUCAGGGCCAAGGUCUGUCCCCUGAGAACUAAACACACACUCGUGUCCGUCCCCCACCGAGCGAGGUCGGCGCUGACCCACUCUGAAAUGUACCUCGUGGGGAGGGGGCUCUCCGCAGCUCUCUGCGUCUUCCGUUUGGUCCUGGUACCGAGGAAAUUUUAAUGAUGACUCUUUGUAGCGUGUGAAUUUAUAAAGCAAUGAAAUCAAAGUGAUUUUAUGAAGCGUUUAAUAAAAUAAUUUUUAUCAAACCUCUGC